AUGUCUGACACCCCUUCUUCUACCGCUGGUGGCGACACCAAGCCGUCUGAUCAAAUCCACUUCAAGUUUUGCCGUGAAUGCUCCAACCUGCUGUACCCCAAGGAGGAUCGAGUCAACAAUCAGUUGAUGUUUACAUGCCGUACCUGCCAUGUCGGCGAGCCCGCAUCCUCUCACUGUGUUUAUCAAAACCACCUCCAUAGCCAAGUCGGUGACACCGCCGGUGUUACUCAGGAUGUGACUUCUGAUCCAACGGUUUGUGAUCCUGCGUUUUGUACUCUUUGCGGUGAUAUCCUCACCUGCCAAAUCUGCGGCCACAUCGUCAACGAGGGUCUCCUCGAGCAUGCGCCGCCUGUGGGUGACAGCCUGGAGUCCUCUGAAGUCGAGCCCCGGGCCUCUGACCCCGCUCUGUAA